CUGCCCCUCCGCCCGCCCGCCCGCCCCGUCCAGAGAGGAGCAAACUUUCUUCGCGGCUGUGGUGAUGAAGCGCGCGGGGAGCGGCUGCUCGGCGGGCUCCUGCCUCGGGCUGUGAGGGAGAGAGAAAAACGAAGGGAGGCGCGGCGUGUGAAAGGAGUCGAUUCGCUUCGGCCUCCAGGAGGGAGAAGGGGAGCGAGCCCCAGUUUUUGCAAUGGGUUGCGGACUGAACAAGUUGGAAAAACAUGAUGAAAAGCGGCCUGGUAACAUCUAUUCAACUUUGAAGAGGCCUCAAGUAGAAACCAAAAUAGAUAUUUUCUAUGAAUAUCACUUCCUGGAAUUUACAACUUUAAGUGAUGCUGAGCUACUGGGAUCAUCAGCAAUCAGGCUCUCUUCCUUGCGUGAUCUUCCUGCUCAGCUGCAAGAAUUGUACCAGCAGGGUUUCAUCUUGGCUGCUGUCCAUCCCUUUGUGCAGCCAACUAAUGAGAAUGAGAGGACUCCCCAGGAACAAAUCUUCAGGGCUGUACUGAUCAAGAAAACAGAAAGAUCCCUGAAAAAUGAUGCCGUCAGUGAAGGAAAUACCUUAGAGAUAGAAAGUUGCUUCUCCUCAGACCACCUUCUAGAUAAAUCAAAGAUGCCAGAUCUUAUAAAGAAAAUUCAAGAUGCAGCAAGUCGGGGCUUGAGGUUUGUUGGAAUAAUACCUCAGUAUGCUUCCGAAAUGAACUCCAAGAGCAGCAGUGCUGUAAUAUCCACCAGCAACAGCUCCAGGGAACUAAAAGGUGAUAAAAAUCCAUCAGAUUUUGCUGAGGAUUGUGUUUCAUCAGAUCAUGAGAAAGCAGGUUGCACUAAUGGAUGCAAAGUCCCAGCAGCAAGGGAGGAAAACGUUGACCAAUGUGUGGACCCCAAUGAAGACUUGAGAGGUGAAGGGCAGGUCAUUGAACAUCUCAGUUUAAGCUCUGCUGGAGAAAAUGGAGGGCAACUUCAAGAAACCGAGAUCUUUGCUGUCUACAACAAGCCAAAGGCUUUGCAGAGAUCCAGCCAGUACUACAGUUUAACAAUCCCUGUGAGAAUCACCAGCAAUGGGCAGACAAUUUGCAGUUUGGAAGCCAAUUGGCUGGAGCAUAUGACAGAUCACUUUCGGAAAGGGAGCACGUUGGUGAAUGCCAUCUUCAGUCUUGGAAUGAUAAAUGAUUCCUUCCAGGGGAUGACAGAUGGCGUGUUCAUCUUUGAAGAUAUUUCCGUGGAAGACAACAAGAGUAUACAAGGCUAUGAUGCUAUUGUUGUAGAACAAUGGACUGUUCUGGAAGGGGCUCGGGUGCAGGCAGAUUACGUUCCCCUGCUGAACUCUCUCGCCAUAUAUGGCUGGCAGCUGACUUGUGUGCUUCCCACUCCAGUUGUAAAGACAAACAGGGAUGGGAAUUUGGCUACGAAGCAGAUUGUCUUUCUUCAGAGACCCUUCCUGCCCCAGAAAACCAAGAAGAAACAGUCUAAGUUUCAUUGGAGGUUCUCCAAAGAAGACAGACACCAGAAGCAAGCCAAGAAAUCUCUGAAGGCAAAACUAAGUGCCAAAGAGCAGCACCAGAUAGGAGAAAUGCAAGAAUUAGAAGUUACGGAAAAUGCAAGAAAUUCAGAAACACAGUUCUGCACAACUGAAAGUGGCUUGCAGUUCCCAGUAAUCUCAGAUCAACAGCUGGCUGCUGUUGAAGACGGAGGAACCGAAACUCUUGGGCACGGAGACGUGCCUCUCUACAACAAUGAAGUGUUUGCAGAAAAGUGGAAUGCAGGUCAUAAUGCUGAACAAGAUGGAGGAGGCUUGUGUUUGGAGCAGACAGGCAUGCAUGAAAACUGUGAGGGCCAAAUAUUUCAAGACCAUUGCACUGCAACUGACACUGACUGGAGCUGUGGGGCACAAGCAACAGAAACCAGUUUCGAUGCCGGGUGUCAGUUCGAAUGAGAGAGAGGCAAUUAUUUGCCAAAGUAAGGAACUCACUUGAUUUCACAUUGCUGGUUUUCUACAGGUACACAGUGGAAAUGUUAGCCCUAUUACAUUUUCAACUUGGCAAUGUAUGCAAACCUAUUCAGGCUUUUUCUGCCAUCCAGGAAAACCCAUGGAUAUUGGAAACUGUGUUGAGCUGCUUUUUCAACCAAACAGAAACUAUGUCCUGUGCUUUAUAUGUUCAUAUUUUUAAACAAAGUAUAAUUGGUGUGCACCAUAUUUUUAUUCAGUUUUGUGAAACGGGAGUUCAGGAUAUAAGAAGCUUUAAAGAAGUGGCUAUAAAUUGUAUUUGUCUUAAACACAUUUAUUAGUAUGCCUUUGGAACUACUAAUCUCUUGCAAAAAAAUAAUAAUAUAAAGCAAUAAAGUGUUUUUGUCUGGGAAACCACUAGUGGCAGAGAGAGAAAGAGAACGCAAUGAUUUUCUAUAUGCUUAAGAAUCUCAUUCAUACUCAGUAUAUCCGAUUACCAUUUAAUCAAGAUUAUGGUCCAGAUUUUUAGGUUGCUAAUCAACAUGCCACAUAAAACAGAUCAUAAAACAAAAUGCAUGUAAAAGACAACCUGGUUAACUUGUGUAUAUUUCAUAAAACGGAGGACCCCGGGCAUUUAUCACCUACUUGUAUUGGAAGCAGGUGAGUAGAAGCCACUAUGGUCUUGAAAUGCACAAACUAAUACACCAUUUUCUCAGCUGACAACUAGGGGUGAGGAAGGCAUUUAUUUGGUCCACUUUUCACAGCAGACUGGCCUGAUAAAUCAGUCCCAAAUUUACUUGCAGAUUGGAAUGCAACUCUCAUCCUGAUUAUCCGUUUCUCCAGAUUUUGUGAUGCAGUUUUAGUCUGCAAAAGGUGCACACAGAAACACACAUUGUACAUAAAUGAUGUGUACAAAACACAUAUUUUAGAAAUUAAUGCAGUGCAUAGAGAAUGGCCUAUUUCACGUAGUAAAGUGCACAUGGUCUAAAUGCAGACUUCCCAUGUAUUGUUUCAAAAAAUCUGCAUAAAACCUAUUAUUGAGCAUCAGUGAGACUGAAACAGGUUAGAAUUUGCUGUUCAGCCCAUCCCUACUGAUAGUACAUGAUGUAAAAUCACUUGAUUUUUCUCAUAUUUUUCAGGAAUAUUAAUCUUUACAAUAAAACUUGUGUUAUUGGAAUUUUUAAA